GCGGACUUGUUCCCCAAACGUUUAGUCUUAACGCGCACCGUUUGAAGAGUGUCUAUUUCUAAAAUUCGCUGCAGUUUCAUAUGAAAAAAGUCUAUUGAAAAUCAAUAUCUACAGAAAGUGUUCCCUUGUGACAGUAACGCGACAGAGAUGGAUCGUAUCCUCUCUUUAUACCAAUGUUUGUUUACGUCCGCAACGUUCAGGCGUCUAAAAUAGAUUCUUUUAUUAGAUAUCUGCUUUGACCCCGAUGUUAUAAGUUUCUUAUUGGACGCAAUUUUCACGGCGCUGAAGUCAAAAAGAGGUUAUGACCGAAGGAGGGCAUGAAGGAAAGAAAAUAACCCUUCCCCUCCCUAUCCCCAUCAUAAGAGCCGAAUCCGAAACCCAAACUCUAGGUCACUUAGUGUCAAGAUCCCCUGAACAAGUCCAGAAUCCAAAGAUCAUGGAGCCCGAAGCGCAGAAGCAGUCCCUUAGAAAAAGAAGAAACCUGUCCAAGAACAGGGGUCAAGCAACUAGACAAAGAGAAAAAACUCCCGAACCAGGUCGCACUCCAAUCCACGAAGAUACAACUACCUCUGAUGAUGAAGACAACUUUCCUCUACGUAAUUCUAGAGAGAUAGAAGCAGAUAGCACAUAUGAAGAAAUGAAACGCUUAGUGCAAGAACAAGCUGGUGCAAAGGAUCCAGUUUAUGAUAUAGACACCGAUGAAAUAAUGGAGCAAAGGACAUUGGCAGCUCAUGAAAGGAGACGUAGAAGCGUGUCACCCUUUGCUUUGCCGGAUAAAGAAAGGGAGGAGCUAUGUCAGUUAGAGCGUAAAUUUAGUUUUACUGAUCCUAAUAAUAAGUUAUUGAGUUCAAACUAUUCAUUGAAUCCGAAAGAAGAAGACACGGGUCGCCGUAAUUCGUUGACUAUCGAAUCUCCUAAAGACCGAAGGAGUUCACUGACACCUCCCACACCAACGAGCGCUUCCCCGAUAGAAAAGAAUAUGCCAUUUCCAAUACCUACUACGCCCAAAAAGUUGGAAGAAAUGGUUUAUCCUGAUGAAGUUAAAGAGAAAUCAAAGACUCCAGUUACUAAGGCAAACGUGUUUACUUUUGAUGAUAAAGAAACGAAGCUUGCGCCAAAAACCGCGUCAUUAUCUGACAUUUCUGUUAAAACUAGUGCGUCUAAGAUAAGUGACACUCCAGCAAAACCAUCUAAAGCUCCGGAAACUGUAGCGUCUGCACCCAGUGAACUAGUCACUAAGGUUAUACAAGUAGAAAGAACACCUAGUAAGAAGUUGUUACAAGAAAAUAAACCAGUUGUGGAAAUCAGAGAAAGAAUUGUUAGAACACCGAGUAAAAAAAUGCCAGCGGAUGUUAAACCAACUAUUGUAAAGCAACAACCCAAGCCAUCGACGAAAGAAGAGCCACAAAGUAAGGUACCACCAAUUAAACCUGCAAGGAGCAAAUCUGCAACAAGAUUUGGGAAUAAAACUAGUGAGAGUGAGAUGAGUGAGGACCAAAAUAUAGCUGCAGGGCCAAAACGGAAGGUUGUGCCUACACCAAGGAGGUUUUUGAAAAAUAGAUCUCCAAGAGCGAAUCGAUCCCAAUCUGUCGCCAGAGUAGAGGAAAUAAAGGUAAUAGAUAAAAGUGGUACCGCAAUCAGUCCAACAGGUCGGGAAAUUAUUGAAUUAAUGCAAGCUAGAGCCAGAAGUCUAUCCAUACCAAAAGAUGAUCCAAGACUUCCACCUGAAUACAGGAAUUAUAGUAAAAAAUUGCAGACACCGAACAGGACUCCUUCUGGAUCCAGAACUAGCAGAGGCAUAUCGUGUUCAAAAACUAUUCAAAUUAUAAGCGAUAAAGAAAUUUUAUCCGGAAUUGCGCCAACAAAUGUUGUUGUACCAGUGGCUAAAAAAGUGGAACGUGAUAAACACAGAAGACGUAGUUCGGGUUACCUGGAUGCAAGUCAAUCUGAAUAUACGUCUAGCUGUUAUUCAUCAUCACCUAGUGAAAAUGAAUAUGAUUUCGAUUUAUCCGAACGAACUGCAGAAUUGACACGAAAGUUAAAAGUAUUAAGCCAGGAAUCUCAGAAACGAGAUAACGAUAACGUUACGAAUGGAAAUGUCCCAAAAGACUAUAUAUGUAAGCCAGAAAAUGAAAAAUCUUCUGUUUUGCGUAAACGAAAAGUACCUGAUAACGAAAGUGGUAAAGAAAUUUUAACUGUAAAAGACAGACGAAAAUCUAUCGAAGAUAAGAAAUCUAAAAAAAGUGAUGAUAAAAAUAAGUCAGCAAAAUCGCGGUGGAAAUGUAUAGCAAACUGGCAACAAUUUAAGCAAGAACGUAAAACGGAUUAUGAUCGUCUAAUAUCUUUACGGAACAGAUGUGUUUGUGACCUGUUGCUGCUGAUAAUAAUUUUCGGCUUAGGCGGAAUAUUGUUUAAAUCGCUAGAAGGGUCCUUCGAAAAUGCUUACAAAUGCAGUACAAGGAAUGUAAAGCGAGAUUUUAUCGAGAGUUUAUGGCGAGGAACCCAUUAUUUGCGGGAAGAGGACUGGAAAUCUAUGGCCCGGAAAAAAUUGUAUGAAUUUGAAGAUCAAUUGCACACAGCGCAUGAAGCCGGUGUGACUUCGUACAGUGGGCAGCGUUCAUGGAAUUUCAUGAAUUCGUUCGUCUAUUGCAUGACAUUAAUUACUACUAUUGGAUAUGGGCAUAUUGCUCCUAAAACGACGUCUGGAAGGGUGGCGACCAUAAUCUACGCGAUCGUAGGCAUACCCUUGUUCUUAAUAGUGUUAGCUGACUUCGGUAAGCUAUUCACAAGGAUCAUCAAAUUCUUCUGGGCAUUUAUCAGAAGGUUCUACUAUACAAGAAGUUGCAGAAAAGUUAGAAGAACUGUUCCUGUUCAGGAGGUAAUGAAGGGUCUCAACAUAGUUUACGACGUUGUUCGGAGACCGUCACAAAUCUUCAAUGAAGAAGACAUGGAAAAUGCUGGAGAUGCACCACCACAACUAGGAAGGAAACCUAGUGACGCUCCACCACCGUUACCACCAAAGCCUGGUACUUUAAUAGUGAGGGAUAUUGACAACGAGACUGAACCAGAAUCUCCCGCACCAACCUUUGAAAUAGAUGACGAAUUCAAUCUUCCCAUAUCUGUUGCAAUAGUUAUUCUUGUUUUGUAUAUUAUCAUAGGUGCUGUAGUGUACAAUUUUUGGGAACAAUGGACCUUUUUCGAGUCUUUCUACUUUGUCUUCAUUUCAAUGUCUACAAUAGGUCUCGGAGAUCUAGUACCAGAUCACCCAAUUUUCAUGAUGUGUUCGAUUUUGUACCUAGUUUUCGGUUUGGCAUUGACUUCUAUGUGUAUUAAUGUUGUUCAAGAGAAAUUAUCUGAUACGUUUAAGCAGGCAAGUGCUAAGUUAGGAGCUACUAUAGGCUUAAAGGUAGCUGAUGAAGAUGGCAGCUUAGUACCUAUUACUCCCAUGCCUACAGAGGAUGUGCCAGUACACAAAUCGAAGAAAGAAAGAGAAGAAAAUAUAGAAGAUAAAUCAACUAACGAUGAUGCUAAGAAUAGAUGAACAGUAAGAAUAAAUCUAGUUUAAGAAUAAAAUUGGCGCUAUAGUGAUAGUAAUGUCGAAUUUUUGAGCAUGUUUUAUUUUUCUUCUACACCCAAUUUGGCAAGUCUCAAUAUAAUAAUUGUCUUCUUUAUAGUAACAACGUAAGUUAUAAGCAUGUUAAAAUUUUUUAAUUGCAAAAUUGAUCGACACUAGUUCUUAGGAUCCUCUUCUAUUAUUAUGCAUGUAAUGUUGUUAAUUUAUGUAAAUGUUGAUUAUGCUAUUCAGGUAAACACUUCACAAUCUUUAUCUAUUGCUGCUGAACCACAGCGUUACUUAAGUCUUGUGAAAAACCUUGAUAUUACCCGUUGUACACAAAAUGCGUUAUGGGUCGAAUGUAAUACCACUUUUUUCUAGAUAAUGGAGCCACAGGGAAGUAGAAAGUAUUUGGAUAAAAUGAUGGAAUACUAUAAAACACAGACCUCUUCCGCUGUGGUUUGGUAGAUAAUAAGGCGGCUGUGGACCAAUCUAACGAAUAUGGGGCAGAAUAACGCUUGCGUAAAUGUUUGGCAAUGAAUGCGUAUAAAGGCACAUUUAGUUAAAAGCGUCUUCCCAUAGUUCGUGUUUUUAUUAAUUUAUUAUUUGGAAAUUGUAUCAAUAAAUAUGAUAAGUAACAGGUGACAAUGCUAAUUGUAAAUCUCCAUAAGUAACACAAAACAAGAAACUAAAAACUUUGUUAUUAAAAUGUAAACAAUAUAGGUACACGUGCCAAUGGACGAAAAACGAUAAAUAUUUAAUCGCAUACAGCUCAAUCAACUGCAUGCACUGUUAUACAGGAAACCAAACAAUGAGAGGUGGAUAAUUAGGUAAAAUAUUGCUUAGUAAAUAUACGUUGGUACUGAACAGACCGAGUAUCUACUAUGUUCAUUAUUAUUAUGAAAUAGCUGGGCGUUGGCUGUCUCCGGCCGUGCGGGCAAAAUCCAUAAAAUCAUGGACUGUGAGGACGCAUGCAUAUGUUAUAACAUGAUCGAACGUUAUUACGCGCUUAAAUAAGUGACUGGCAAGAAGAUUAAUUUAAGAAAACUUUAUUCGAACUGACAAAGUGACUGCUUAGUUCUAAUAAUAGACAAUAAUAGAUCUUAUAACUACAGAGUUUAUUAUAUUAUUUUAUUCAUUUGCCAGCAUGCGAGCAACUGGCACAGUUAGGCGUGCUGACAAAACGGAAGGAGCCACGUUCAUUAACCUUAACUCAUCACCCCCACGUGAGGAAUUAUCUGAGGUUGACGAUGAAACCUUCAGAGAGUUCCGUAAGGGUGGAAUAUUAUUAUAGAAUUUGAUACAGACAAAACCUAAUACUACCAUAAUUAGAAAAAUAUAAAGCACUAAAGUUCCCUCACUUAUUUUGUAGCUCACUAUAUAGUCAAGGUCCGCCGGCUCGUCGUCACUAUCACUUUUUUUAUGGAGAAUGCUAUUCACUCCACUGAAGUCAAUUUCUCGAAGAUCCUACCGGCUGCGCCGAAUAACUGUUUAGAAGAUUAGUAUAAAAAAAACUUUAUUCAAACUGACGGAGUGACUGCUUAGUUCGAAUAAUAGACAAUAAUCGAUAUUGAAACUAAUUUGUAGCGUUUAUAUAAUUAUUUUAUUCAUUUGUCAGCAUGCGAGCAACUGGCACAGUUAGGCGUGCUGACAAUACGGAAGGAGCCACGUUCAUUAAGCUUAAUUCGCGCGUAAUUUCGGAGGCGUGUUUUCGCUCCAAUAGUUUAAUGAAACUGGAUUAUGUAUACAUUUGUAAAUGAUAUUUUGUGUUCAUAAUUUAUACGUUAUUUUAUACUUGUUUGUUGUGUGUAAAUAAAGGCUU